GCGCGCAUGCGUAUUAGUGAUUAAAUCAGCUGUUACCCCUUAUCAGUACAAAACACGUUUUUUACUGAAAGUUAAUAUAUUUUGUAUUGCUUUUUAAUUAGAAAACUCUUGGAGGAAUCUAAAAUGACUGAGGAAACUUCAAAUCCUAAUUAUAUUUCUAUCGAGGAUGAAAAAUUAUACAAUGAUUUAAUACAGUCAAAAGAUUUGACUCUUAUUCAUUUUUUCACACCCUGGUCGGAGCAAUGUAAACAAAUGUGUGGCGCCAUUGAGGAAAUGAUCAAAUUAAAUGAAUAUAAAAAUGUGAAAUUUGCAAAAAUACAAGCCGAAGAUUUUCCAAAAAUUUCCAUAAAAGAUAAUGUCACAGCAGUGCCGACAAUAAUUUUUUAUAAAAAUGGUAGAAUUGUUGAUCGUGUCGAUGGUGCAAAUACAUCAGCAAUGGUAGAAAUUACUGACAAACAUUUGUCUCAAGUUUCAUCGCCAACAAAGACAAAAAGUCCUGAAGCCCUGGAAGAUAGACUUAAGAGGCUCAUUAAUCAGGCACCUUGCAUGCUAUUUAUGAAAGGAGAUCCAACUACUCCACGUUGUGGAUUUUCAAGGACAAUAGUUGCACUUCUUGACAGUUGCAAUGCCGAUUAUCAAACUUUUGAUAUUUUACAAGACAAUGCCGUUAGGGAAGGACUCAAAAAAUUCAGUGAUUGGCCAACUUAUCCUCAAGUUUAUAUUAAUGGAGAACUCAUCGGUGGUUUGGAUAUUCUUAAGGAAAUGAAUGAAUCAGAUACAUUGAAGGAAAUGCUUCCUCAAAAACCCGGCGUUGAAGAGAGAUAAAAGGACCAUCGAGAAAUUUUAUUUUUACAAUUUAAAUGAUAAUUCUAAACUUUUACCAUUUUUUGAUUAUAAAAAAAAACAGUAGAUUAAUAAAUUAUUAAAAUUUAUAA